CGAGUGUCGCUAUGGAGAUGGAAGUCGCCCCUGGGGCGGAUACGGCCGCUAGGCGCCCUCAGGGCGGAGAGAAGCGCAGCUCUGGAGCCUGGGCGAGAGAGACGACGGGGGGUAGAGACGGCGCCGGAAGAGUCGAGGGGCAGGAGGCGUUCACGGAGAUUCCCCACGUCUCUCCUCGCAUCUCGCAACCCCGCGGCUCCUCGUGUCUUCGUGGACCCAUGCGUCCGGGUUCCUGACCCCAGGCUCGAGGUUCAGAGUCCGCAGACUUCGCUGUGCGGAUGCGACUCAAGUGGCUGGCGGCGAUACUCGAGGCGAGUCCCUCCACCACCCCGAGUGCCCCUUAGCCCUGUACCCCCUAGCCCUGUACCCCCUAGCCCUGUACCCCCUAGCCCUGUACCCCCUAGCCCUGUGUACCUGGUUGUUCCCCGGUAUUCCUGGCACUUGAAGGGAGGCGGACGGUGAGGCGGCGCCACGAUGCCGGUGGUGAUUCCUCUGAACGAAGCGAUGGAGCAGAUGAUAUUGCUCACCAUGGAGAUGCUGAUGGUGACGAUGCACAUGCUGACCGUCACCAUGGAGAUGCUCAUCGUGAUGAUGCGCAUGCUGACGGUGCUCAUGGUGCUGAUGAUGCGGUUGCUGCUGGCGGUGGCGACGGCGCCCGUGGCGGUGGUGGUGGAGGCGCGCGGGAUGGCGCGCCGGGCGGGCCCGCUGCUGCUCGGCGUGUUCUGGCUGCUGGGCCCGGGCCUCGCCAACGUCCAGACGGCCGAGUUCAACAAAGUGUACAACGGCUCGGUGAUGAACGGCACGAGCGCCGUCUACGACUACAGCUACAUCCUCAACAAGGUGGCCGCUCUCCCAACUGCUACGAAGCCGGCGACUCGGACUGCAGCAGUGCGCGUGUGGGUGCAGAGCAGCUGGAACGACUCGACCGCCCCUCUGCUCUUCGUUGUUCAGCAGCAGCAGGGGGUGAUGAGCUGGCAGCUUCCUAUAGUGCUGCGGGGCACCACGGGAAUUCCCUUCCUUUACCUGGAGGCGGGACGCACUCUGUGUACGCCGGAGCUGGCUGUGGAGCCGGGCCGCAGGCCGCCUGCGGGGGACUCCGGCGCUGCGGGGCCCGAGCGCCGAUUCACGGUGACCGUGGGCUCCCAGGCCUCGCACGUCAUCAGCUUCCAGCUCAAGGCCCACCACCUGUACCCCUUCAUCCUCAAGGCGGGAGAGAUGAAGUCACUGAACGCCACACCUUCGCAGCCACAGUACUUGCUGUACGAGUUCCAGGACGGCGAGGACUCAGUGGUGGUGGAGGUGCAGGCCCAUGGCCUGCGCCGAAACAGCACCCUGCCCUGCAGCGUCCUCUCUGUGCAGGACGUGGGGUGCCCUGUGAACGACCUGGAUCAGAACGUCGACUUCUCCGGGGUUUACCAGACGAUGACAUCGCGGGCAGCCAUCACUGUGCAGAAGAAGGACUGCCGCUCCGGGCAGUUCUUCGUGGUGUUUGUCGUGAAGGCGGACGACGUCACCUGCGGUGGACCCACCCCGCUCACACCCAUCAAGCCAGGAGGGGUGGUGGUUGACAGCCAGGCUCACAUCAAAAUGUUCAACGUGACGGUGAAAGGAACGGCCUCACCACACGCAUACAUCAACGCGGUGGUGUUUGGCUGCAGCCUCUUCCUGCCGUUCUACCUCAUCGCCUUCAUCGCCCUCGGCCUGCAGCAGUGGAGAUCCCGCCUGUACGGGGACAUGACCCUGGUGGAAACUGCGAGUCCUGGGGAGCAGAGAGCCAUCGUAGGUCAGGAGGUCAUGGUGGAUCCCGCUGAUGCGACCUCCUCCUCCGCACGGAGCGACUACGGUUCCAUCAACACUCCCGUGGCCAACGACGGGACGGUCAACGUGGAGGUGGGGGUCGCGGGGGGUCGCCGCGCGGGCCGCACCAAGGCUGCGGGGCUGGCGGCGACGAGACCGGAGAGCUCCUCGUCGGAGGAGGAGGGCGAGGAUCUCUCCGAGGAUGAGGACCAGGACUACGACACCCUGGAGGACAUGCUGAGUGACAAGAACGUCAUCCGCAGCAAGGCGUGUCUGUACGUGUCAGAUCUCUCUCGAAAGCGAGCGACCGUCAUCAGACGCAAGUACCGCAUCUACUGCUGGAACCUGCUGACGGUGGGGGUGUUCUACGUGCUGCCCGUCAUUCAGCUCGUGCUCACCUACCAGAACGUGCUGCACACGACCGGCGACCAGGACAUCUGCUACUACAACUUCCUGUGUGCGAGGCCCUUGGGGAUGCUCAGUUCGUUUAACAACGUGUUCAGCAACCUGGGCUACUUCCUGCUGGGGCUGCUUUUCCUGCUGAUCGUCGGCUUCCGGGAGUUUUCCCACCAGCUCGCCGUCCGGAAGGACCCCGCGCACCUCCAGGACCACGGCCUCCCCAAGCACUUUGGCCUCUUCUACUCGAUGGGCUUUGCGCUCAUGAUGGAGGGCGUGCUCAGCGCCUGCUACCACGUCUGCCCCAACUACUCCAACUUCCAGUUCGACACGGCGUUCAUGUACAUCAUCGCGGGGCUCUGCAUGCUCAAGCUCUACCAGAAGCGCCACUCGGACGUCAACGCCAGCGCCUACAAGGCCUACGCCUCCUUCGCCGUUAUCAUCUUCUUCGCCGUGCUCGGCGUGGUGGUGGCUAAGAGCGCCGUGUGGUUCUGGAUCCUCUGCACCAUCGUCCACAUCCUGGCGGCUCUGGCGCUCAGCUUCCACAUCUACCACGUGGGACGCUGGAGGUUCAGCCUCGGUAUUUUCCGGACGAUUGCGCACGUGUUCUACACGGACUGCAUCCGGCAGUGCAACCGGCCCAUGCACAUGGACAGGCUCAUUCUGCUGCUGCUCGGCAAUGCUUUUAACUGGUCCUAUGCGAUAUGGGGCAUGGUGUAUCGGCCGCGGGACUUCGACAGCUAUCUGCUCGCCAUCUUCAUGAGCAACCUGCUCCUCUACUCGGCCUUCUACAUCAUUAUGAAGAUCCGCAGCGGAGAGUCCAUCCGCCCGACACCACUGCUCUGCAUCCUGGCAGCUUCGGUGGCCUGGGGCUUCGCGAUGUACUUCUUCUUCCAGGGGCUCACCAGCUGGGAGGAGACCGCCGCACAGUCUCGCGAGCGCAACAAGGAGUGCGUGCUGCUCAAGUUUUACGACCACCACGACAUCUGGCACUUCAUCUCCUCCAUCGCCAUGUUCUUGUCCUUCAUGGUGCUGCUGACGCUGGAUGACGACUUGGACUCUACUCGGAGAGACCGGAUCCUCGUCUUCUGAGCGCCGAUCCACGUGGGGCCUCCCCCUGCUCCUCCCUGCCACACCAUGGAGCCACCCGGACCGGAUCCGGGCAGCACGUGGCUCCAGCACGGUUAUUGCCAGAUUCGUUGGGGUUCGUCAUGGUUCAGCUCCGGAGCUUCUGACGCCAGGAACUUUUACGCCCGGGCAGAAGCCAUGGCUGGACUCGCACCAACACCGAAAAAUAAACCCAACCCAACAUUUAUUUAAAUACGAUAAUUUUCACUUCGCUCAUUUCUUCUGGCUUGAUAGAAAAAAAAACGGUCUUCACAUUUUUUACAACGUUCUUGAAAAGAUAUUUGAAGAGCUGCCGUUACAGAUAAAACGGACGGACAGACAGACGGGCCAAGCGCGGCGUCUGUGGGUUGAGAUGGAUGCCGACGGUCUGUGGCGAGGCAGGACGAGGUGAUGAUGAUGACUUUGAUGCGAUGCACAUUUUCUCGUUCCGCGUCUGGGAGGUACGAUUGCACAAAGUCUCCGCGUCGGGCGAGGGCCACGCAUCACGAAAGCCGUCCAGGUGUGCGGACGCGACGUGCGUCGUUGCGUGGUUGUGUUUACAGCGUGUGCGCGUCUCUGUGUGCAUGUGUGUCUGUGUGCGUGCGAUAAAGUGAGGAGCAGUGACGCAGCGGUUAGCACGCUGCACUACAAACCGGGCGACCCGAGUUCGAUUCCCCGCUCCCAGCCAAAUCAUAAACGAAUAUCUGAACCGGUUCUGGGCCUCCUGGAGGUCAACUCAGCAUUACAUGAGUACCUGAUGCGGUGUGUACACAUCACCGCUGGGGGAGACAAAGGUGGCCGGGCAUGGUGCUGGCCACACCUACGGGGGAUUGGUGCGAGUGUGCGUUAAUUACUCGCGGGUUCUCUGAGCGCCCAGUACAUUUUUUGCCAAACCUUCACCAAAGCGAUGCCCCCCCCCCAGCCCUCGCAUCCGCAGGGCACGACCUCCGACCCCCUGCACCCCCAUCCCUCGCACUCGGAUGUGUUUCAUUUUCGUGUUUGCCAGGCCCGUCUCUGCUUAGUUUUUUUUCCAAACUGAUCUCUUCGGAUUGUGAAUAUUGACAAACAAAUUGUUUGAUUAAACCCGUUCACGUGGUCGUUCCUC